GGGUCAGGCCGAGGAAGCACCACGCUGCCCGGACUGAGGGAGGGAAGAAGCUCAAGAUGUGAGGGGGGCAAAGAAGCCCCUCGCCCCCGCUCUCGGAGAGAAUGGCCAUAAAGGUUAGGAAGAAAAGUGAUUCUGAGGACGCUGUGCAGAGCAAAGUUAAAGGUACUACCGGAAACCAGAUUAUUGUAAUAGAUGACAGUGAUGAUGGCAGCUACUGUGAUUUACAAAGUAAAGUCAAGGUGAAGAAAAAGAAGCAAUUGGUGAAAGGAACAGGCUCAGAUCGGAAAGGUGCAAAGAAGAAGAAGAAAAAGAAAAAAGUUGACUCUGAGUUAAAGUACAAAGUAUGUGUAAACCUUCCCAUUAUUACAGAAUGUAACUCAGAUUCAAAGUUGUUAAAAGAAACGGAGAAGAUAUCUGGGACACUCAAGAAAAAGGGAGAUCGAAGACUUUCUCAUGAACGAGAGGGCUAUUAUGAGGAGGACCCUAGCGAAGAAGUGUCAAAAGAACAGCAGGGGGGCCAUUUUCUCACUGGGAAGGCACGCAAAAGGAAUAUUCCUGACAGCCAUGGAGGCGAUGAUGAAUUUACCGCAAAGAAAAAGAGGAAAAGAGAGAAAAAGAGGAAGCACAACCCUGCUUGCUCCUCAGGGUUACAUUGUGGAGACAUUGAGGAUGAGUCUAAAAAACAGAUUCCACAGGAAAUGUUGUUCUCCAACAGAAAAAAGGCUCUUACCCAGAAUGCUCAAGGGGACAGUGCUGUGAUGAAGAAAAAGAAAGUUGCCUGCUGUUUAACCUCCAUGGGAGAUCAAAAGAGGAGUAAUGGAAUUUCAGAUAAUGGCAUUGUCGCUGACUGCCAAUUGCAAGGAGGACAGAGUUGCAAGGGGAGAGCUUUUGGUUGCAAGCAACUUCAAGAGGAUGUGGUCUACAUAUCAGAAGAAGAAAGCAAACUGACCAAGAAGAAGAAGAAGAAGAACAGGUUGAAGAAGGAAAAAGUUGCAUUUCUUUGUUCUUCAGCCAAUAACCAGGGAAAUCAGGCUGACGUUUCUGAUGAAAAUCUUAAAAAAGCCAAAUCUAAAAAAAAGCCAGUUGUUGGUAAUGGCAAAACAGGUCUGAUCCCAGACUCUAAAGGAGCCAGUAAAGUAACUAAAAAGAAGAAGAUCCAAGUGGAAGUUGUAAGGGGUCAUCCAGCUCUUUUAGUGGACGACAAAGACGGGUCAACGAAUGAGCGAAAGUCUGCAGAGAAGAGAAGGAAAAAGGAAACGAAAAAACCCAAAGGGGCACAGAAUGGCACAGCAAGGAGUGAUGAUGGUAGAUUUGAGAAUGGCAGCAAGCGGCAUGUCAAGAAGAGGAAAGACAGGGACCACGAAGGCGUCCGAGAUAUUUUGGAAGAGCCCACUUUGAAGAAAGCAAGGAUAAAGGCAGAAGCAAAGGGAAAGGAAGAUGAAAUCAAAGUUGUGGCAUUUAAGAAAGGGAACUGUGAUGAGAUAAAUAUAGACAAGAUGAGACGGCAGGCUCUUCAAGAAGAGAUUGACCGGGAAUCAGGCAAAACGCAGGCCAUCAAGGAAGAAGGCGACUUGGACGGCCAUUUUGGCCAGUGGAGCACAGCGACGUUUGAAAGUUCAGAGCGUAAAACCAAGUUCCUCAGACUGCUGGGUGGAUUUAAGAAGGGUUCUGCCUCCGCUCCAGAUUUUCUGGCCCCUGCCCCCAAACUAAACAUGGCGCUGGGCAAGAGCCGAGAGCAAAACCUGCAGCGGAACCUACAGGCGGAAUUCGAGAAGGCGGUAGAGUGGAAGCACCGCAGAGGCCUUGGCCUCGGAUUUCAGCCGGCUCCGCAGAAGCGUGUGCACAUAGAUAAAUAUGCUUCCAAAUCUAUCAAAUUCGAAGUCUAAACUGUCGGGAAGGAAAGGACAUCCCUUCUCUUUGCAGCGUUCUUUGCACUUGCCAAUGGAAUGACCGACCUGUGUAUCAUUGCAUCUUUGGCCCUGUGUUGUUCAUGGACAUGUGAGUAAUAUCCUGCUGAAGACUUGAGUCCAUUACCUUUCGGCAGCUAAUGUUUGUCGAUGUGCGUCCAACCGGUUGUUGCAGCUGGUGGGGGAGAUAUUGGAUGAAGAUGGAGCCCACUGGUCCUUUAACGGGUUACCUGAUAGCUGUGAAACCUUUUGCUUUCUGAGUGUACGGUUUUUGGGAGCCCAUCCAAUCCUCAUUCUUGAAUGCCACUGUUUUUAUUGUUUUGGAAGUAUCUUCUUCCUUUUUGUGAGCAUCAUUCAAAUUCUUAUAUGCGAUUAUCUGAGACGUUACAGGAGUGGGCAACUUCUGGCUCUCUACAAGUUUUGGCCUACAACUCCCAUCAGUCCUAGCCAACAUAGGCAACGGUGAGGGAUCAUGGGAAUUGCAGUCCCAACCUCUGGAGGGCCACAAAUGGCACGACCCUGACAUAUUAGGAUGGAGGCCCUCUUCUUUGGAUACAGCUCUCUUUUCUAAAGCAAACGCAGUUAAGGAUUUGGCCUCAACUCUUUAUUCAUGUUAACAGUACUGGGCUGUUUUAUGUGUACCCAUGUCUGCCGCGAUGACAUCUUUAUGACCCGAUCCUAAUCUCUGAAAUCUCCAUCACCAAAGAGACCAGCAGGCACAGCUCUGAACAUGCUGAAGCAGCCAAAGCCAAGAUAAACAGAGCCAGAUGUUUGAGUACAGAUGGGUAGCAAUGAAAUGUCAACUGCA